AUGUCCAACUACAGCUUCAUCACCGAAUUCCUCCUCCUGCCAUUCGCAGACUCACAGGAGCUGCAGCUCUUGCACUUCUGGCUCUUCCUGGGCAUCUACCUGGCUGCCCUCCUGGGCAACGGCCUCAUCAUCACUGCCAUCGCCUGUGACCACCGCCUCCACACCCCCAUGUACUUCUUCCUCCUCAACCUCUCUGUUCUUGACCUGGGCUGCAUCUCCACCACUGUCCCCAAGUCCAUGGCCAAUUCCCUCCGGGACACCAGGGUCAUCUUCUACUCGGGAUGUGCUGCCCAGGUCUUUCUGUUUCUACUUUUUAUAUCAUCAGAAUAUUAUCUUCUGACCGUCAUGUCCUACGACCGCUACAUUUCCAUCUGCAAACCCCUGCACUAUGGGACCCUCCUGGGCAGCAGAGCUUGUGUCCACAUGGCAGCAGCAGCCUGGGGAACUGGGUUUCUCACUGCUCUCCUGCACACGGCCAGUACAUUUUCAAUACCCCUCUGCCAGGGAAAUGUCCUGGACCAAUUCUUUUGUGAAGUCCCUGAGAUACUCAAGCUUUCCUGUUCAGAAACACACUACCUCAGGGAAGUUGGUCUUCUUGUGUUUAAUGUGUUUUUUUCUUUAGUAUGUUUUGUUUUCAUUUUGUUCUCCUAUGUGCAGAUCUUCAGGGCCGUGCUGAGGACCCCUGCCGAGCAGGGACGGCACAAAGCCUUUUCCACCUGCCUCCCUCACCUGGCCGUGGUUUCUCUUUUUGCCAGCACUGCCAUGUUUGCCCACCUGAAGUCUCCCUCCAUCUCUUCCCCAUCCCUGGACCUGCUGGUGGCAGUUCUGUACUCAGUGGUGCCGCCAGUACUGAACCCCCUCAUCUACAGCAUGAGGAACCAGGAGCUCAAGGAGUCCCUGUUGAAACUAUUUCAAGACAUACUUCUUCAGAAUCAAUAA